UAAUGUGUAAUAAUAUAGAGAAAUUGAAGAAAUAUUAUUUACGCUGGCGGAGUGAUGUUUUUGUUGUAGUCGUUGUUUGCCAGAUUUAGGUUGUGCAAGGAUAUCGAUUCGCUUUGGUUUUUCAGCAGUCUUUCGCACUUUUCUACGACGCUUCUGAGAGUACGACAGUACAGUAGAAGUAAUUAUAGUAUUAUUAUAAAAUACUAUAUAGGAGUAUUAUAUUUUUGACCAGCAAAAGAUUAUUUGACGCGUUUUCAGUUUUACUUUUUUCGAUUUCCCAGUCGUCGCUAACGAAUCAUUGGAAUUUAUGUUUUUCACUUUUCUAGGGGCACACCAGUAAGCUUUUGAUGUUCUACAAUGUGUUUUCACUGUUGUCUUUGGCAACGUUUGGUAUCUAUUAUUCAUCGUUAAUUUGAAUACGUCCAAAGCAUCUGGCUCACAUUUUCUGUAAAUUUAUUGUUAGCAGUGUUUUCUAAAAACUUUGAAUUUUGAUUACAGUUUCUGUUUGUCAGCGAACGAGUUGAAGUUAGCGAGCAUCUCUCAUCGCGAUGCUUAGCUAUCGCAUCAUUGUCACAUAUCACAUUUAACCCCUAGUCUCGGCUCAACUCUUCAAAUCCCCCUUAAUUUUCUGCAUCUUCCGACCAUUUUACCAAAUCACAUCGUUAAAUAAUUUCAAUCAUUCGAAGAAUCGUAAAGCUCGAUCCGCUAUUUAGUUUGAACAGUAUUUGAAUAAUCGUCUCAUUAAUUUGUAAAUAAACAACAUGAGCAAGUAUGUUCUUCAUGAUAAAGAACUGAGAUACGAAAAAUUAGCGAAACCCAAAGAAAGGAUUGACAGAACUAGCAACUGGAACGCGUUUAAUGUAAAGCCCGCAGCUUUAUCUUACCAAAUUACGGAUUCUUUAAACAAACUCGCUCAGCCAAGACGAAAACCAAAUAAAAAUGUGUCCAUAGCGUCAAGCUCGUCCACGAAGAGUACUCCUGCGACUACAGCGAAACAACAGCAUAAACUGAUAAACAGCAACGAGCAAUCGAAGGACGCGCAAGAAUCGAAGAAGAAGAAAUUUCUACUGGACACCUACGCUCGCAUCGUCGCUGCCAGGAACAAACGUUGCUCGAAACGUUUAAACGAACUAGCGAAACCGAAGAAUUAUUUAGCACGAGCCGAGGCUCACGAGGAAUUCGAUAAUUACUUUCAAACGAUCAAGAGCUACAAUCCGAAACUUUCGCGCUCUCAAAGAAGCGAUAACUUGUGACC